AUGACAAGCAAAAAUGCAAAAAACACCACGAAAAGAAAACAUGAUGGAAUAUUUGGAACACCUCCUGAGCCUGUCUUCAAUGCCUCUCCCUCAGCUAUGACCCCUGAGAUGUUAGAGGACUGGCUACGAAUCCUUGUGAGCCAGAAUGAGCAGAGAAUGUUGAAAGCUAAUGUAGCUCAUGGAUAUUUUAAGAGUGGAGAUGCCGUUCAGUUUGUGUUUUUAACUUGUGAGCAUUUCAAGUUGGCAGAUGAGGCAAAAUAUAUUGCAGUGGAGCUAUUUGACAGUUUUAUGGUCAGACACAUCACAGACCUGUGGUGUGAGGUCAAAGAGAUGAAGAUCAGUAAAGAAGAGAAGAAGAAAAGGUGGAAGGAGAUCAGGGUUGGGGUGGAGAGACAGAUGGUAAUAAGGGUGGUCAGCUGUUGUCAACUGGCCAGCAAGCUGACCUCUCACUACAAGAUCAUAAGCCCCCGGCGAGUUAAAAAGUUCCUCCAAGAAUUUGUGAACCAGCGGUACAGCGCAGAUAGCAUUAUGCAGUCAGAACUUAGGAUUUUGAAGGCACUUGAGUACAAAGUGAUGAUCAGUUCUCCACUUUUGUAUGUGGAGACAUUGCUGGAAGUAUUAGGCCACACAGAGCCAGACCUGAGUGUGAAGGUCUACCACGGUGUUGGCCUGAAAGUGAUGGACCUGGUUUACAUCCAGAGGAGAGAGAUAUACGAUCUCCUCUUCCUGACGGCUCUGGAACAGGACACAAUAUCAGAAACUGACAGGAACAAGUGUAUUUCAUUAGAGUAUGACAUGUUUCUGCUCUCAUCAUCUGUGAUAUCAGCUGCUUCCUAUGUUGUGGAUCAGACCAAUACAGACAAGGUCAUUGAUCAUUUGAGUCAGAUCACCAAGAUCCCUACCAGUGAUAUUCUGGACUUUGCAACUGUGAUAGUACAACAUAUAUUGCAAAUUUAA